UAUAGAUGUCAGCAAAGGAUUUAUUGAUUUAAUUAUUUGGAUUGCCAAAAGGGGAAAUAAUCUUUUAAGAUUAUUCUUGUGCUUAAAAAGGGUUAAUUUCAAAAUAUGGAAGAAUUUUCAUUGCAGAAAAUCAUAUUUGUUUUUAUGCAAAUCUAGCAGGAAGCAAAACAAAUUUAGUCAUAAAAUUAGAUGAUAUUAUUAGGUUGGAGAGUAAAAAUAAGAAUGAUAUUGAUAUAUUUUUAAAGGAUGGUAAAACAUAUUGUUUUAAUGGUUUUAAUGAUAAGGAUUAAGUAUAUAAUCUAAUGAAUGCAUUAAUAUCUGGCUAACCCUUAUAAAAUUAAUAAACAUUUUAAACUUCAACAGAUAGCACUAGAGAAGAUGAAUCAUAAAUAGAAAAUGCGGAAGUAGAAAUCUAAUUUUUAUAAUCUGGAGCAUCCAUGGAUUAAGAAAUGUGCAAAUUCACUUUUUCAUUUAAUUUAGAUAAAUUUUUUGAAUUCUUUCUUGCAGAUGAUGCUUUAGUUUAUUCAAUAGCAGAUCAUAGAUAAUCAGAAAAGGAUACAGAUAUUUAAUUAACUAAAUGGACACCUAUGGAAGAUAAUCCAGGAAUGUUUUAGAGAGAAAUGAAAAAUGUUAUUAAAUUAUCAGGAGUUCCUUUUAAAGAUAAAAGUAGAAUGCAUAAACUUUUUACUUAUAAAAAAGAACCAGAAAAAUUAAUAUAUACUUGCACUACUCAUACUUUAGAUGUUCCAUAUGGUAAUAGUUUUUAAGCAGAAGAAAAGUGGGAAGUCUCAUAAUUAGAAGAAAAUAAAUGUUUAUUGAAAAUAUUUGCUUCUGUUGUAUUUACGAAAUCUACAAUGAUGAAAGGUACAAUUAUGAAUAAAACAAUGUCUGGAUUGAAGGAAGAUUAUGAAAAAUGGAUUAAUAAUGUUAAAAUAAGAUUAGAAGCAAUGGCAAAACAAUAAAAAUAAUAGGGUUCCAAUAUCAAUCAUGAAUAUGAAGAGUAAUCAUUUAUAUAAAAUUAGUUCUAAAAAAUUAGAUAAUAAUAUAUUAAAUAAAAUAAUGAAAACUGGUCAAAAUUAAGAAUAAAAAUAGAUAGUUUCCUAGAAUUAAUUUAAUUAAGAGAGAAGAGUAGAUAUACUUUAUUUAUUAUCGAUAUUUCUCUUAAUUAUAAUUAUGUUAAUUUAGAUUGGAAUAUUAAAUAAAUAAUCAUAAAAACUUGAAAACUUAGAAUAAUUGGUAUAACAAUUAUAAUAAAAAUGA